AUGGAAGCACUAGUUCCUGAGAUACCGGUUGAUGGAUUGUCCACAACUACGGGUGAUGAUGACUUGAUAGACCAGGUGGAGGGCAGCCCUGAAUGGACACAGUUCCGUGACCGAUUGGCACAAGAUAUGUUUGACGAUUGGGAUCAUAAUUACACCCCGGACUCGGAUAAUGAGGCUAAUGCAUCAGGUCAUAACCCCUCUGAUGGAAGCCCAUGCGUUGGCAUGGAAAACACCUCUGCUACGGCGUCUGAGUCCGGUACGAGGGCAGGAAAGAGAAAGAAAGGGAGUAAAAGGAAAGAAGAGAGGCAGUGGGAGGAGCGUUUUCUAGAUAUAAUGCAAACAUUUUCUCAGGGUACAAAGGACAGCUUGAAUGGCAUCGCAUCAAGGCUUGGGUUUGAGCAUGAUGCUGAGAAGAAAAGGAGUGAGGUGUUUGAUUCAUUGUCUAACAUGCAUUUCCUUUCAACUGAGGCUAAAAUGGUUGUCACCAUGCGUCUGUGUAAGAACCCACAGGAGCUCUCGAUGUUUUUCAGCCUAAGUCCGGAGAAUAAAGCUGUGAUGGUGAAGAUGAUGCAAGAAGGACGGUUGUAG